AUGGAUGUGCAUUACAAAACCUAUGCUAGUCGGAGUAAUCGAGAUAUUAGGUUUGACCAACUUCUUCGCACCAAGCCGCUGUCCACAUGUACUGCCUCUUCAACUGCAUUUUCAAAAUCAAGCGUAACUGUUAGCUCCAGAAAGAAAGUUAAUGUAGUGUCUUUUGUUCCUACUGGUGAAGGACAAGAAUUAAUAACUAGGUCUCCGGAAAAGAUUGUUUCAGACAAUACAGAUGGCUCCUCUAUUUGUUCAGGAACCAUACAGACCAGUGUUUCGUCACAGUCAUACACAUUGCAUUCCACCUCAGACUUGACUCCUACAAGUUCUCCAAUUUUAUCGUAUUCUUUUGCAUAUAAAGAAUAUUCUGAUUAUUCUGCAAUUACUUCUGUGGCGGAUACCUCUCGUAAUCCCUCUUCUAAUCACAAGUUCAACCGAAGUCCUGUUCGUUAUGCAAAUUCCAUAUAUGAACAGCAUCCCUGUACACUGUCAUCUCAACCUACAACUUUACAUUGUAUCACGUCUAACUCUCAGUCAGGUGUUACAAGUUAUCGAAGUCUAUCUGGGGUAACUGCUACAAAAGUGACAAGUCAACCAGUGAUUCAAAGACUGGACAAAAGUCAAAUAAACCCGGUAGUAACUAUAUCAAACAGUCAAUUAAAGACGUACAGUUGUAAUAAUAUUGCAAAAAGUAUUCAUGACCGUAUUCUGCCUAAUCCAUGUUCUGUCUCAACAUCAGAUUCAAUGGAUCCUUUGGCUAUAAAUGUUGCCAAGCCAACUGGACGUCCCAUUCUAACGGGUAAAAACAAAAGAGCUGCUUACAAUCCACGUUCUUGGCAAAAAGAUAUUGAAACAGAAGACACUUCACCAACUAAAUUGCAAAAAUUGAUUGAACCAUUCCCAGUUUCACAAACCACCAUCACCGCAACAAUAACAACAACAGCAUUAACUACUACUACUACUGUAGUUAAUUCUACUCAUUCCUCUACAAAUAAUAGUAAUAAUAAUAAUAAUAGAGCUUCAUCAUUCUUGACUGCUCAAAAACCUAAUAAUCGACAAACUUAUUUAACUGCUAAUAAUAACCAGUCGAGUACAAAUAAAUCUGAUAAUUUUGCAUUCCAUGACUUUGAUGAUGAAGAAGAAGACAAUGAUGAAUUUAAAAAAGGUUUUAAUCCUUCACGUCCUCUUUCAAAGUCCUGUUUACCUUCAGUGAUGAAAAGUAAUUCACUGAAAUCAUCUAGUAAUCAUCAUCACCGACAUCAGUCCUCAGAUGAAGACGGUGAUGAUGGCGAUGGUGAUGAGGAUAUUGAAGACGAUGUGAAACCAUGGUUUCGUCCAGCAUCUCGUGAAAAUACUUCUAUCAAAUCAAUGGAUAAACUGUCCAUUACUUCAACAAAGAAUAUGAAAGUUAGCCGGUCAGAAAAACCUUUAUAUACUGUACUACGCAAAGUAAAAGAAGCACAUGUUUGUCAAGAACAAGGUGAAGCUCAACAUUUACUCGAUGAUGUUGAAUAUUUAGUCGAUGGUUUAGCCGAUCGUAAUCAAGUCAAUACUCGUGCACUAAGUGUACUCACACUAGCCAAUAAGUGUUUAGCAGCAUCUUUCCGUUAUACACUUAACGCUCAUGGUCUACUAAAGCGUAUUUGUGCAAAAUUACACGAUGCCCAUAAAGAUUAUGCAUUGGCACUUACCUCCGCUGGAUUAAUGUUUGUUUUAUCACGAGAUCGUGAUCCAAAUAUCUUAGAUGUUGAAUCUCUUGCUAUUGUAUUGAAAUUAUUCUCUGCACCUGAUGCAAAUACAAACGGUACAACUGGUCACACUGAAGCCAGUAAGAGUAAAGAGGCUGAACGUGUACGUGCACGAGUUCGACAAUUACUAGACGGUUUACACCAGAACAAUAGUAAUAAUAACAGUAAUAAUAAUAAUAAUCCAAAGAGUUUAACAUCAAUUACCUCGAAUACGAUUACAGAUACUGGGAAUAAUACCAGCACAACAGGUGCUGGUGGUGCUAUUUCAUCCAACCUUGCCUUGUUCUCUGGUAGUGGAAAACGACCGCUACUGCCACUUGGAUCUAAGCCUUCAAUGAAUUUGAAUUUAAAUACUCGACAUUUACAAAUGACGCGUCAGUUGACGACAUCAGAUUUAGUUAUUGAAUCUAUUCUAAACUUUGGUACACGUAAAGCUGGUGAUUGGUUCAAGGCAGAACUACGUACUGGUGGUGGAUUAGAUCGAGUAGCCGACGCCGCUUCGGAUGCUGUCGAUUAUUUAGCCGAUUUAGAUCCAGCCAAUAAAUCUCAACGAGUGAAGCCAAUGUGGCGGCGUUCAAUGCCAGGAAUUGACAAUUUCGCCUUGGAUAGGCUUAAACGAGUUUGUCAUUAUACUAGGCUAUUAGAAAAUAUGACUUAUAUGAAUUCUGAUAAUCAAACGUAUUUAGUACAUUAUCGUGAUGGAAUUCUUGUCAACCGUUUACUAAUAUGUUUACGUGUAUGUGUCUGUCAUCUACCGACAACGACACCGUCAUCAACAGCGGCAACACCGGCGAAUCAGCAAACUCCUAAUACCACUACUACACUACUACUACUACUACAACUGGUGAUAAAUCUACUGUAA